AUGUGGGAAGGGGAUGCGGUAUGUGCAGUUUGGUAUAAAUUCCGUUAUGACUGCUCUUCACCAGCCGGGUUGUUUUCUCUCAAAGGUAUAUUUACAGCCAUCGCAACCCACAGCACUCCAGAAGCAAUGGAUGACAUUGCUAGUACGCCGCAGGCAAUCUACACGGCCCCCGAAAAGUAUGAUCCUGAGAUGGUAACUGAUUCUAAAGAUCCAGACGGAGCCCCUGAGCUCGCGGAGAUGAAGGUCUUGAAAAAAGGUCUACAUCAGCGUCACAUCCAAAUGAUUGCUCUUGCAGGGACAAUCGGGACAGGCCUUUUCCUUGGCUCUGGUCGAGCACUCGCAAAUGCUGGACCUGCAGGCAUUUUCAUGGGCUAUGCCCUGAUGGGUCUCUUGAUCUCAGGAGUAACGCUUUCUAUUGGAGAAUUGAGUGCCCUCGUUCCUCUUAGCGGAGGCGUGAUCCGGCCUGCUGCUUAUUUUGUAGAUCCUGCGUUCUCCUUUGCACAAGGCUGGAACGUGACAUAUCAAUACUUGAUUUCAAUCCCGGCGGAGAUUGUUGCAGCUUCCGUGAUUAUGCAAUUUUGGGUAACCGUUAACAAUGCUGUUUGGGUGACAGUUUUCAGUGUUGUUCUCUUUGUGAGCAAUAUCUUCCUGGUCCGGAUCUACGGAGAAGUCGAGUUUUUGUUGGCUAUUCUGAAGAUACUACUCAUUGUUGGAAUGAACAUCAUGGGUUUGGUGCUAACAGCAGGCGGCGGUCCUGAUCAUAAAUCUAUUGGUUUCCAGUAUUGGCAUGAUCCUGGACCAUUUGUACAAUAUCUCGGUUACCCUGGGGCAUUGGGUCGCUUCAUGGGCUUUUGGACUGUUUUAUCAAACGCAGCAUAUGCAUACUCCUCAGUAGAGACAAUCUCGAUGGCUGCUGCAGAAACCUAUGCCCCUAGACGUAAUAUCCCGAAAGCUGCGAAAAGAGUCUUUAUCCGAGUGCUGCUGUUCUACGUCAUCUCGGUUUUCAUGAUUACACUACUGGUUCCUUCAAAUGAACCCCGACUACUGAAGAGCUCUGGAACAGCCGCACAGUCACCGUUCGUCAUUGCCGCGCAACGGUCUGGAGUGAAAGUAGUGCCACAUAUUAUCAAUGCAAUCGUUCUAACCAGUGCGUGGAGCUCGGGCAAUUCUACUCUCCUCAGUGGUUCCCGUAUCCUUUACGGCCUCGCUCGUGAAGGCCAGGCUCCACGCUUCCUUGCGCGAGUCAGCCGUUGGGGUGUACCUUACAUGGGAGUCGUAGCAAUUGGUGUCUGGAUGACAUUGGGCUACAUGUCCGUCAGCCAUACCGCCUCUACUGUCUUCACUUGGCUACAGGACCUUGUUGCUUGUGCACAGAUUAUGAGCUGGCUCGUUAUCUGCACCACAUAUUUGCGUUUCUAUUAUGCUAUGAGAAGGCAAGGGAUUUCUCGUCGCAGACUGCCGUGGACAGCGCCUUUUCAGCCGUAUGCAGCGUGGAUCACUCUGGUUGGACUCACAAUCAUUUUACUUACUGGUGGUUAUACGGCUUUUCUACAUGGCCACUGGUCUACAGAAACAUUCAUUUCUGCCUAUCUCGAUAUUGGCAUCUUUGCAGCUUUGUACUUUAGUUAUAAGAUCUGGUACCGGACAAAGAUUGUUUCUCUUGAUGAAUCCCCUGUCGCUCGGUUUGUCGAAAUUGCAGAGGAUGAUCCCGAUCCCGUUGAGGAAUCCAAGUUCGCAUGGCCAAUCGUCGAUUGGCUAUGGGCUUAG